AUGCCGAUGAAGGACAGAGAGAAUCUUGUUGAGAAAUCAGGUUAUUAUUUCCUGUGCUUAAAACCGGGUCACCAAGUUCGUAAAUGUUAUUCAAAAGUAACUUGUUUAGGCUGUGGAAAAAGACAUCACAUUAUACUCUGUCACAACGUAAACCAACGAACAUCUUUCUCUACUAGAAAAGAAACUGCAGAAGUAGAUAGUCUUCCGAAUGGUGAUCAAGCGCUUGCAAAUGUAUCCAGAAGUCCUAGUUUUAUGCUACUAACCUUAACAGUUUUCGACACUGCUUCGCAGCCCUCUUACGUUUUAAAAAAUACUGUUAGAGAGAUGAAAUAUAAAAGGGAAAGCUGGGAAUAUCUUCAACAUUCUCUGUUUGGUGGAGGAAAUACAGGAGUGUGCAAGCACGAUGUGUUUACAUUGUAUUUGACAAGUUGUGAUGAAUCUUAUAACUGUCAUUUCAAAGUACUGAGUCAACCUGUUAUCUGUGAAAGUGUCCCACCGACAAUUCCUGCGAUUCAUUUAAAGGAACUUAAUGACUAUGGUAUUCAUGUGAACGAUGAUUAUGACGGUCCUAUCGAAAUAUUAAUAGGAGCUGAUGUAGCUGAAAAACUCAUUACCGGUGGUUGCAAAUCUUUAUCUUGUGGCUUAACAGCAAUGGAAACACGUUUAGGAUGGACCAUUAUGGGACGAAUACCCCAGAUUUCUUCAAAAGAAAAUGGAAUCUCAGUUGCUAAUUCUAUGCUUUCUACUACUAGAACAAUAACAGAAUUGUGGACUCUUGACUCCCUUGGAAUUACUGACCCAUCGGAUAGGAAAACUAAAGAAGACUUGCAUGAAUCCGCCAGAGAGCAUUUUCUUAAAACAGUUCAGGUUGACAAAGACAAUCGUUUUGUGGUACAUUUACCAUGGGUGGAAGAUCAUCCUCCACUGCCUGACAAUUUUAAUUUGGCUUUAAAGAGACUGGGCAAUACUGUACGAAAGUUAAAAGAAGAAAAUCUGUAUGACGAUUAUAAUCAAAUAUUUGAAGAAUGGGCAAGAGAGGGUAUAAUUGAGGAAAUUCCUAAGCACGAGAUUCAUUUGCUGGCUCAUUAUUUACCCCAUAGACAUGUCGUGAAAGAAAAUAGCGCGACGAGAAUCAGACCUGUGUUCGAUGCUUCAGCGAAAGUGAAAGCCUUCCCCAGCUUAAAUGAUUGUCUGGAGAAAGGAAUAAAUCUUGUAGAAUUGAUUCCUACUCUAUUAACGCGAUUUCGGAUGAACAAGUUUGGAGUCACAGCAGACAUCCGUAAAGCUUUUUUUACAAAUUCGCCUUAA